CAGGAAUUUGGACCGCGACAGCCUGCUGCCACUAAUUCCAGGGUCUUCGUGAUUGUUUGUGUGUUCGUCACUCACUCAACUCACUUCCUUUGGCACCUGACACAAAACAAGAACAUUCUGAAAACCGUCAUCAUCUUCAUCACCAGGACGAGGCGUGACGUAUCUCAACAAUUUCCCCUUUGUCUAGAACAGUCCUUGUUCUUGUAUCGUUAUCCACCCACCCUUUGGGCACCCGCGUGACCUGGUUUUACUUUUUUUUUUUUUCCCCUUCUCUCUUUCUUUCCUUCUAUCUUUCUUCGUCCGCCUGCAAAGACCAUUGUUGCCCCUGCAGGUCGGAUUUCUCAGAUCCAGCCCCGACAACCCGGCAUUCAACCCUUGUCCCCUUUCCCCCUGCACACACACACAAAAUGGAGAAGACUACGGCACCUGUCAAAUAUGUCACUCUCGUUUCCUGCGACGGUCUCGAGUUCACCCUGCCCCGCGAGGCCUGCUAUGUCAGUCCUUUUCUCAAGAGAUCCGUUGAUCCUCAGGGGGGGUUUAGGGAGGCUUCCACGGGGCGAGUCACCCUCGAAAUGUUCAGUUCUCUCAUCCUCGAGAAGGUCGUCGAGUACCUGAUCUACUGGUACCGCUACAAAGACAGCGAGGACGUUCCCGACAUGGAAAUCCCCGUCGAUCUGUGUCUAGAGGUGCUCACGGCUUCUGACUUCUUGGGUCUGGAUAGUUAGUGACACGUAAACUUUGUCAACUCCAACCCGCGACGAGGAAGGCCAAUACCGAUGAACAAUGGCGGAAAAUUUGGCUUUUUUUCAUGACACGACACGAUUCUUUUCAUUACAUUCCCAGGGACUGGAGGCGUUCAGGUUGGUAAGGAUUGGUAAGGAACUAUGGCAAACAUAGGACACCAGGACAUCAGGAACCAUGAGAUAUGUGCUUUUAACC